AUGAAAGGACUCAACAGGACCAAAUGUCGCAUCGUUAGGCGCUUGUUUUUGUUUUUCGCCGCCCUUUCGGUCAUCCCGUUCACGGUGCUCUAUCUCAUCACCUCGGAUCAUCUGUAUCGAUUUAGAGCGUACAAUUACACUAAUGGCUCCCGACAUCAGCUCCAGUUCCACGCGGUACACCAUCCUCCGCCGGCGAUGGUUCACCAUCCACAGGAGUACCGGAAGCACCACCAGCAGCACACACCAGAGCAGCAGGUUCAAGCCGUUAAGAAUAGCACUAGCAACCAGUAUCUGAUAGACAUGGACUACAUGAAGCACCGAAUGGACGAACGCGUGGCACGUUUGAACGACAAGUGCACCGAGUAUAGAUUAAAUGAACCGAAGCAAAACUACAAACCGAAAGCGUGGGAAUAUCUCAUCAAUCGCGAGUAUCACCUGGUGUGGUGUAACGUGUUCAAGGCGGCGUCCACCUCAUGGAUGUAUAACUUCAACCUGUUGGCCGGUUACUCGCCCGAGUUCCUGAAGAAGACCAAAGAUGUGCCACUGCAGCUAGCACGCCAAAAAUAUCCCCGGCCGUCGGUGGAUGCGCUCCACGAGGCAAUCAACGGUUCGAUCUCGUUCGUGAUCGUGCGGCACCCGUUUGAAAGACUGGUAAGCGCCUAUAAGGACAAAAUUCAAUACGCCCUACCAAACUCGCACCACCAGAAGCUAGGCGUUCGAAUCAUCCAAAAGUACCGCAAAAUAGCAAAGGGCCAGCCAUGGAACACUCAGAAGUAUCCCACAUUCCCGGAGUUUGUCAAUUACCUGCUGGACGAGGUCCGGCAUCCGCACACCGAGAUCGACAUGCACUGGAUACCGGUGACGUACUUCUGUACGCCCUGUUUCUUCCACUACGAUGUGAUAGCCAAAUUCGAGACCCUGGAGGAGGACCAAAACUACCUGAUAGCGGUUGGCCAGCUGGGACAUAUGAUCAAACCCCAGUGGAGGAAUGCCGGCAAGGGAGCCCACACGAACGAUUUGGUACUGAAGCUGUGCAAAGAGCUGGACGACGACCAGAUCCGAGGGCUCUACGAGUACUACAAGUACGACUUUGAACUGUUCGGAUACAGCACGGAGGAGUACUUCAACGGACGGGGACGCUAGGGCUUUUUGUCAAAUUACACUGAUCAUCAACCAGAGUCAGACCAAGCUAGAAAUUGCGCGCGCAAGAGGGGCAACGAAUAGCAAACCGUUUUAAGGGUUUUAAGCAUAUAGGCAUCCAAAUUAGUCGUUGAAAGCGAAGUGACUAUUCCUAGAGACGCGAGAACAUAUUUUUAUAUCGUGAAUUGAAAUCAAUUUUAGACGUCCAAUAGAGUGUAGAAUAAAAAAAUAUUACAGCAGUUUCUCUUCCUAGGAUUACCAUUUUUGGCCCAAAGAGCAUUUCCUGCUGAACUAGAACUAUUCAAGGGAAAUACAUAGUAGUAGCCAAACAGCUUUUCUAGAUUUUCAGUGAAAGUCAAGUAAGCUAUCUUUCACUGCGAAAACGAUUUUUGAUUCAUCCAGUAAUGGCAGAAUGCGUGUAGAUUUCAUGCUUUGAACAAUCUAUUUGUUUUUGGUUAUGCACAGUCAUAUGCUCAAAAUUUAGAUGGAUC